ACUUUUCUUUGUCUAGUCGUCUCUCUGACGGCUUCGCAACUCGAACGCUUGUAUAGUCUUCUUUGGCUUAAACUUCCUCAACUUUCGCUCUUAUUUUCUCUGGAAAAUUCUUGGUGACAAGGCAAGUUAUUAUGAAUUUAGUCUUAUUUGGUGAAGAAGAAGAUUGGUGGGUAUUUGUUGAAGAGUAUUAAAUAAAUAUACUUUGUAGCGGUGCUAGUUGUUUGAGUUUUGUUUGGUAACCGAGAAAACUACAAAAGAGGAAAUCUUUUAACGAUUGACUUAUGGAAAGUGCUGGAAGUGAUUCUUUUCUGAGGAACAGAAGGUUUGAUAGUUUCUUCAACACAAGUUCUGAGUCUCAAGUGAAAGAACCUCUGAAAAUUCCAGUGAAACAAGUUGAAUAUAGGUCAGGAGGCCCGCAAGCCAGUAAUGAAUGUGUUGAUGGUGAUGGUGAUGAUGAUGGAUGGUUUUGUGUGUUGAUAUCUUGGGUAAGAAUUGUCACUUGUUUUGUGACAAUGAUGGUCACGACUUUCAUCUGGGCACUAAUUAUGAUUCUACUGUUGCCCUGGCCCUAUGAGAGGAUUAGGCAAGGCAAUGUUUAUGGACAUGUUACUGGUAGAUUAUUGAUCAUGCUAACUUACCAAAGCUUGGAACAGUUGCAGAUGUGGAUCUUAGGGAAUCCAAUCAAGAUUGAAGGUGCUGACUACUCAAAAGAGAGGGCGAUAUACAUCAGUAAUCAUGCAUCUCCAAUAGACAUUUUCCUUGUAAUGUGGUUGACUCCCACAGGCACUGUUGGCAUUGCAAAGAAAGAGAUCAUAUGGUACCCACUUUUUGGACAACUUUAUGUUUUGGCCAGACAUAUCCGUUUAGAUCGCGCCAAACCAACUGCAGCCAUUCAGUCUAUGAAAGAGGCGGCUUGUGCAAUUGUUGAAAACAAACUCUCUUUGAUCAUUUUUCCUGAGGGUACAAGGUCCAAAAAUGGACGACUUCUUCCGUUCAAAAAGGGUUUUAUUCAUUUGGCACUGCAGUCCCGCCUCCCUAUAGUUCCAAUGGUCCUAACUGGUACCCAUCGAGCGUGGAGGAAGGGCAGUUUACAUGUUCGACCAGCGCCCAUUACCGUAAGGUAUCUUCCUCCAAUAAGUACCGCUGAUUGGACGGCUGACAAGAUCGAUGACUAUAUGACAAUGCUCCAUGACAUGUACAUCAAAAACCUUCCUGAGCCUCAAAAGCCUCUUGUAUAGGAUGGCUCCAAAACUUGCUACAAUCCAUAGGUCUGUUAUCUCUAUUGUUACUUUUUUCUCUCCUGAGAUGAUGCUCCAUGUUAAAAGCAAUAAUAGUCAUAGUCGAAUAGAUUAUCAGCACUACCGAUGUAUCAUACUGCCCAUUCUCCUGCUGAAGUAUCUCUUUGUUUGAUGGCAAAGCUUUCAUUCAUUGUAAUCAAUCGAGGGUGGUUCUUAUUUUCUGAGAUUA